AUGUACAUUGAGCCUGUUAUUGAGGAAUCAGUUGUGCUAGCUGGAAGGUUGGCAGAAGCUGGAUUUCAAAAUGGCCCUGUUGAGUUUAUAAGUCGUGAUAUUGCGUAUGCGAAUCUUAAUGCUGACGUGCUGAAGUUCUACCCAAGGAGAACAAUUUCUGAGCUUUUAGUGGAGAAAGAGCAAGGUGUAUUUCUUGUUCAUGCUGUUGUUGUUGCGGUCUUAAAGGGUGGUUAUUGGUGUUAUCCUUCUUGUAGAUGCCACAAUGAGUUGAAUUUACGUAAUGAUGCGUUUGAAUGUUCAAAGUGUUCUAUGAUCUUUGAGAAGAUGAUUCAUAGGUACCGUGUUAAGAUUGAAGUUUUUGAUGCUUCCGAUAAUGUUGUUUUUGUUCUCUUUGAGAGGGAAGUACAACAAUUGAUUAGUGUGUCAUGUGAAGAUUUAGUCAGUAACAUUAAGGUGGAUGAUGAUUCUAAUGUUGUCUAUCCACAAGAAUUUGAAGAUCGCAUACCUGGAAAAGAGCUUAUUUUUAAAAUACGUAAUGAUGGUGGAAUUACAUAUAAUGGAGCUGAAUGUUACCAUGUCCUUGCCAUUACUGAGGAUCCUGAAGCAAUUUCCUUAUUUCAUGCAUUACAAUCUAAUGAUUCAACUGCCAAUCACUGGAUCUUUACUUCCCAAACCAUUGAAGAGGGAAAUUGGUGUUGGACUUUGAUGAUGAAUCUGAGGGAGGAUGGUAAUAAUGUCCAAGUUGUGGAAGGUUUCCUGAAUGAGAAGAAUUCAUCUAACUUGGUGCUUUCUGCUGACGAAGACAACAUUAGGGUGGAAGUGGAUGAGGACAAAAGUAUUGAUGAUGCAGAUGAUGACUUUGAAUGUACUAUGAUGGAAAUUGCUGAGGAAGAUGAGUUAGAUGAUGAAGCUGAAUUGGAGGAUGAUCUUGCAUAUGUUGACUGA